UCGCGGGCAGCAGACAGAGGGAUGGUCUCGCGCUCGGCGCUGGGCAGCAGCAGGUCAUGUUGUCCGCGCGGCUGGAGACCUGCCCGCGUGUCACCUUCAGCGGAGCGGGAACUGCGGCGAAUCUGGCUCGAGGACCCCAGGCGAGGAUGGGCGGGGAGGCGUGUCCCCACAAGCUGGGCUCCACCAAUCACCUUCGGCUUCUCCUCUACAUCCUGAUUCCCACCGUGAGCCUGCUGGCCGGCCUCCUGCUGCUCGUCCUGGUCCUCACUGGUAUAUUUGGCAGCACUCACUUGGACCCCAGCCUCCUCCCCUCACCCAAACCCAUCGCCGACAGCAACCCUGGUUACCACAGCAACAGCACAAGUGACCCCUACCCCUCCUCCUCAUUCACGGUGGAAACCGUCACGUCUUCACCGCAGAACCGCAGUGAGAGCACACCUGCCGCCACCGGCGUUCCCCCGGUGACCUCUUCUCAGGCUCCGCCCACUCAGCCAUACACAACGCCCCCUGAUUGGCUUGCUUCUGUGACAUCGCUGAGCACCGCUUGGCCGAGCAGCACCGCCUCUGCACCCGACACAGGUAGCUGUCAGCUGAUCGUGGAGCCUCAGUGUCACAUGUUGCCCUACAAUCAGACGUGGCUGUCCUCCUCCGUCGCCGUGGUGAAGAGCUCAGAGGUCGACAUGUUGCUAAGGUUCUUCAGCUACCUCAGCAGACUCUCAUGCUACAGACACAUCAUGCUCUUUGGCUGCUCGCUGGCUCUGCCCGAGUGCAUCGCAGCUGACGGCGCACACAACAGGACGGUCGUGUUGCCCUGUGCGUCUUUCUGCGAGGCAGCGAGAGAAGGCUGCGAGCCAGUCCUACAGAUGUUCAACGCCUCCUGGCCUGACUUCCUGCGCUGCUCCCAGUUCAGCAACACCACCUCUGCUUUGUCACCACCGUCAUCACCAUCAUCACCUUCGCCAACAGGUCUCCUCACGUCACCUGCCUGCUACACACCGCGACAGAUUAAAGGGAAACCCUCCGUAUGUGGCGGGAAAGAUCAUUACUUGUGUGCGACUGGGAUUUGCAUCCCUCAGAAACUGGUGUGCAACGGCCACAACGACUGUGAUGACUGGAGUGACGAAACACACUGUGUGUGUGCAGAUGGCGAGUUUCACUGUAACACGGGUCGGUGUCUCUCGCCCGCUCUGGUGUGCGACGGCUAUGACGACUGUGGAGACCUGAGUGAUGAGCUCAACUGUGUGUGUGAUGUGGCCCGGGAGCACCGGUGUGGUGAUGGGCGCUGCGUGUCCAGAGACUGGCUCUGCGAUGGGGACCACGACUGUCUGGACAAGAGCGACGAACUCAACUGCUCUUGUAAGAGUCAGGGUCUGCUGGAGUGCAGGAACGGUCAGUGCAUUCCUUCCGCGUUUCGCUGCGACGGCGAGGACGACUGCAAAGAUGGCAGCGAUGAAGACAACUGCACCGUAGACCAGAGUCAGGGUGGAUGUGUUCCCGGUCAGCCCAGCUGUAUUGCCACUUCCUGUCAGCCCAUGUGUGCUGGCGGCAACGCCGUGUGCGACCCACAAAGCAACAGCAGCUGCACUCGCUGUGAGCCAAUCAGCCUGGAGCUGUGUAUGAAUCUGCCCUACAACCUCACCAGCUUCCCCAACUACCUGGGUCACCUGUCCCAGAGAGAGAGCUCCGUGUCCUGGGAGUCCUCUCUGUUCCCCGCUUUGGUCCAGACCGGCUGCUACCAGUACCUAAUGUUCUACGCCUGCACGCUGCUGGUACCAAAGUGUGACCCGGUCAGCCUGCAGAGGGUGCCGCCCUGCAGGUCGUUGUGUCGUAGUGCAAAGGAGAAGUGUGAGUCGGUGCUCAGCAUUGUGGGAUUGCAGUGGCCGGAAGACUCAGACUGCAGUCAGUUUCCAGAGGAGGGAGGAAACACAACCUGCCUGCUGCCAGAGGCCGGAGUCGACGAGUGCUCUCCGAGCCACUUCAAGUGCAGGUCAGGUCGCUGCGUGCUGGCAAGCAAACGCUGUGAUGGACACCUGGACUGUGACGACCACAGCGACGAGGACAACUGCGGCUGCUCUGAGCGUGCUCUGUGGGAGUGUCCCGGCAGCACAGUCUGCAUUAAAGCCAGCAUGAUCUGCGAUGGGUUCCCAGACUGCCCCCAGCUGGUGGACGAGACCAACUGCUCGGUGUGCAGGGAUAACGAGCUUUCCUGUAACAACCAUCAGUGUGUCCAUCGCACUCUGUGGUGUGAUGGAAAGAAGCACUGCUCAGACAGCUCCGACGAAUGGAACUGUGUGUCUCUGUCCGAUCGAUUGGGCUCUGUGCUGACGGUGUUUAAGACGGCGGCAGAGUAUCAGGUCUGUGCAGAUGAGUGGAACGACGAGCUGAGCGAACUGACCUGCAACCAGCUGGGACUAGGGGUUCCCUCCUCUGUUUCCAGGGUGCCUGAUCAGCCCGGCGUCCAAGGCCGUCGACGCUGGUUACACGUCCACCCCGAGUGGCACCAGAGGAACGGUUCUGCUCUGCAGGCCCGGCUGGAAAAGAGAAGUCAUGCGUGUCACUCCAGGCAGAGAGUUUCAGUCCUGUGUACCAGAGAAGAGUGCGGUCUACGCCAGGCGGUGGGCCUUCACCCUCACAGGAAGAAGCGGAUUCUGGGUGGCCGGGUGUCCCGGCGGGGGGCGUGGCCCUGGCAGUGCUCGCUGCAGAGCGGUCAGAGCGGACACGUCUGCGGCUGCGUCCUCAUCGCCCGGAAGUGGGCUCUGACAGUCGCGCACUGCUUCGAGGGGAGAGAGAGUGCAGACCUGUGGAAGGUGGUGCUGGGCAUUAACAACCUGGACCACCCAGGAGCUCACAGUCAGAGCCGAGGGGUGCGCUCCAUCAUCGUACACCCGCGCUACAACCGGGCGGUGGUGGACUACGACAUCAGUAUAGUGGAGCUGGACUCUGAGAUUGAGGAGACGACCUUCGUCAGACCGGUGUGUCUUCCUCAGCCGGGCCAGCUGCCUUUACCCGACUCCUACUGUUACAUCACCGGCUGGGGUCACAUGGGCAACAGGAUGCCCUUUAAACUGCAGGAAGGCGAGGUCCGGAUCAUCUCUCUGUCUCAGUGUCAGUCCUACUUCGACAUGAAGACCAUCACUCCCAGAAUGCUUUGUGCCGGCUAUGAAGCUGGAACCGUCGACUCCUGCAUGGGUGACAGCGGCGGCCCACUGGUGUGUGAGGAGAGCAGCGGUCGCUGGACGCUGUUCGGCCUGACGUCGUGGGGCAGCGUGUGCUUCAGUAAAGUGCUCGGACCCGGGGUUUACAGCAACGUCACGCACUUCACCCCCUGGAUCCAACAGCAGAUCUACAUCCACACAUACCUGACCGACUGACACAUACGCUCACUCACCUGACACUUCCUGCUCCAAGCUCUCAUUCAUUCCAGAAGGAAGUGAUGUCAUCAUCAGCCACAACACACGUUCAGUUCCUUAACCUGUGCCUAUACUGAUAGCCUUCAGACGCUGUGUGAGCAGCAGCUGAUGUUGUCGGUGAUUGAAAGUUACAUCCAUACAAUCAGUCACUGAACUCUGACCUUAUUGUUUUUAUUACUCGACACAUUCAAACCUACAAACAUCACAGAAACAAAAACAUAACCUCUGUGACGGUUAACCAACGCUCAGUGCUUCAUGCUGGACUUUAUACUAAGAUACUUUUAAAUUAUGUAGUUCGAACCAACCAUUGAACUUCCUGGGGCUGAGAAAACGACGAAGCGUCAAAGACGGCAGUUCCUCUGCUGGGCUUCAUCUCAGCUAACUGAAGUCACAGAAAACACCCAGGACACUUUCACUUUUCAAUUCAAUUUAUUUCAGUUCAACUUUAUUUAUAUAGAACCAAAUCACAACAACAGAUACAUCAAGAUGCUUUAUAUUGUAAGGUAAACAGUAAAGUCUGUUUAAACUCUGGUUAAACUCCAUCAUGAGACAUUCAGCAGUGGUUUCAUUUCACAGCUUUUUGCUUCUGUCACAAACUACACUAUCCUCACACAGACCUAACAACUGCUCAAAGAAGUGUAUCCCCAGAUCAGCUGGUGAGUGGUUACUGGAGUUGGAUGGGUGAAACUGGUUAAAAAGAUGCUGCUCAAAACCUCUAGUUUGACCAGUUCAAUCAGUCCAAGCCAAACAGAUUGCAAAGGUUGCAUCGAAGCUUGUCUGCAACUGCUCGCCAAGCAGAAGGAAAACAUAGAAGUGUGAUGUUUGACGUGCAGUCGGCAAGUAGUUGCAGGUUGGAGGUUGCGAACCAGCCUCCAGCCCUGUGUGAGAGAGGACUUAGAGCAGUAGUUCAAACUCAACAUUGUGAUGUUCAUGUGUAUCAGAUGGCACAUGGUCUGUUUCCAAGAACUCCAUAAACUUCUUGUUCAAACUUUAAAUCAGCAUUAAAGCAGAAAAACUCCAUUUCACAGUCAUUUUCUCCGGCUACUUUGCCGGAAAUACUCCUCAAGGUUUCUGAAGAACAUUGUCUUAAGGAGGAGCUAAAACAGCUUGUUUCAGACAUGGCCCAGUAUAAGUUAAAGAAGGAUUAUUAUAAAGUGUGACUCAUGCACAGCUACUCUAGAAACAUCAAGGAAUACAAAUAUGGAGCUGGAAAUGAGCAGGAUAGAUUCACUUACUUACCUAACUCAUUAAUCCCUAUUUUAAAAAUUAUUUAAUAACAGCAAUUAACAGAUUAAUGAUAGUUUUGCAGCUGUGAUACAAAAUUGUGUUUGUGCUAAACAUCCUGUAAGCAGAAGCUAAAUCUGCUAUUUCAGAGAAGAUUGAGGACUGUUUCCCGGACUGUAGCUGUGAAACCGAACAUUUUAAUGAUAUUAAGGCGUUUAGCGCUGAAGCUGCUAAAACAGACCAGCCGAGCACUCAUUUUCCCACAAUGCUUCACUCUAUAGUGCCUAGCAGUAAAAAAAAAAAGAAACAAAACAAAAACAAAAAAAAUUUGUUACUUGUACAAUGUCGUACUGUACGUGUGUGUGUGAGUGUAAGCUGCUGUGUGAGCGUCAGAAAGUGCUUCAAACCACACUGGCAAUUUAUAUCAGGCAACUUUGAUGGUCAACAUGUAACUUUGUUCUCGCAGCUGCUAGUUACAUUUAUUUUCUUUCAGACAGAAACCUCUAACUGACCCCCCCGACCCCAGUCGUGCUGUAUAAUGGCACAUGAAGAUGUAACACAAGCUUUAUUUUUGUAUAUAGCAUACACCAAUGUAGUUUUAAGCCGUGUUUAUUCAUGUUUGUUUACGAUAAUGAAAAAUGUCUUCAGAGGUGAAGUUAGAACAAUGCAGAUCAUUAGCCUUUAAAGUUUCUGGCUUACAGAUAUAUCGUUAGUAACGUAAACAGUUAAUAACACGCUUAUUAUAAAUGAUAAAUCAGGGGACUUGAAGUAAAGUUUUACCCAGUUUUUAUCUAAAAGUAACCUAAAUGUUCAUCAAAGUGGAUAAAGCGCAAAAAAGCAAAUAUUUAAACUGCCUGUGAAGUAUAACUUUAACGUAUUGCUAAUGUGGAAACAUUAGUGUUAAUCCAAAUGUUAACAUAAGACAUAUGAGCUUUAUCUCAUGUAUCAGACGGUCAGACUGUAGUUUAAAGCUAGCAGACUCACUAACACAAACGAUUAACUGCCAAAUUAGCGCCAGCUAGAGUACGAAGCACAAAUGUAGCACAGUAUAGAGCGUUUAAUGAUGUGUUUUCAUAGCGUUAGCACUAAGCUACAUUAGCUUUUGCUGUGUAUUUACAAGCCGUUUAGGUCCAACUGUUCAACAGUAACAGUUUUCACACCGUAGCUGAACUAGAAGGAGGAAAAAAGAUAUUAAGACUUCAUUAAAACUCACAACAGACGGUUUGUUUGCAGUUUACGUGUUCUGACGGCGUUUUUUUAGAUGACUCUUCAAACAUGGAGAGGGUUGUGGAAAAAAAAGGUUGAAUUUUCUUUGUUGCAGUACUCCGAGUGAUCACUGGGGUGUUGCCUCUAUUUACAUACACAUGUUUACCACAUUUAUGCUUUAAGCUAACUGCCUCACACUGAAUUCACUGAAAUAUUAAUGGUAACUGUUUUUGUUUGUUUUGUUUGCCUCAUAUGUGUGACAAAAAUACUCACACAGACAGCAAAGAAGCAUCAAUACAACAGAGUAAAACCCUGACUCAUACUGAGGCCUCAGUCACACAGGCCUAGAGACACUCAGCAACCUCUGGUCACAGGGGGAAACGUGUAUUCCUCAGUCGGUUGACAAGUGGUUGCUAGCUGUUGCCAGGUGAAAUCAGUCACAACAAAGGUGAACCACCAAAAAUCUCCACGUGAUGGUUGGUUGUUAGCAGUUUGCAGUGACUCCUCCUAAUUUGUCUGCAAGACAUCUUCUCAUUUUUCCCUGGCACACAGUGGUUGCCCAGUGGUUGCGAACCAGUCUCUAGGCCUUGUGACUGGAGCCUUAGACUUCUGGGAGAUCUGGUGGAGCUAGUGGACAUGCAGGCGGUGAUUCCUGUUUUUCUCCACCAGAGGCUCCAAAAGGCUGAAUGCUGGUCAUAAUACACCCUGCAGUUAUCUGGGCUUUUGUUUCAGAAAGCAGGUUUAGUGAAAACUCUGAGUUUGUUAAACCUGAGACGUAAGUUUAAAACUAAGGUGGAAAUGUUUCACUCAUCGUGUCCACUAAUGAAUAAUUGGAGGCUGUGAAUUUGUUUCACUUGGCGAGAUCAACAUUUUAGCACUUCUCCCCAUUUUGACUCCCUGUUAACCCAGUGGAAGAGUUGCCCAACGAAUUGCCCCGUUGACCUUCUGUGCUGAGGUCGGACUCACAUCCAGAACAUUCCAAGUUGCUGCUGCUGAUGUUGUUUUGUGUGUUU